AUGGUCGAAACCGAACACGGAACUCCCACUUGGAAGUUCACCCAAUGCUUUGGCGAUAAAGGCGAUGUCGAAGACAUAACAGAAGCCGAUAUCAUCUCCACCGUUGAAUUCGACCACACCGGAAACUAUCUUGCUACAGGAGACAAAGGCGGCCGAGUAGUCCUCUUUGAGCGCAACGAAACAAAAAAGACAUGCGAGUAUAAAUUCCACACCGAGUUCCAGUCUCACGAGCCGGAAUUUGACUACCUCAAAUCCCUCGAGAUAGAAGAAAAGAUCAACAAGAUCAAGUGGUGCAAGCGUCAAAAUGCCUCACAUUACCUCCUCUCCACCAACGAUAAGACCAUCAAGCUAUGGAAGGUGUUUGAGAAGUCACUCAAGGUUGUGGCUGAGAACAAUUUAUCGAACGAACUGACCCCGGCUGGUGCUGGCGCUGGUACUGGCGUCGGAGGAGCCUCGCGCCCUCAAUUCAAGGAUUCUUCGCAGCUGAAGCUUCCUAGAAUGACCCAUCACGAUACUGUCGUGGCUGCUGUCCCUCGACGCACCUAUGCCAAUGCCCACGCUUAUCACAUCAACAGCAUCUCCGUCAAUAGCGACGGCGAGACCUUCAUUAGCAGCGAUGAUUUGCGCAUAAACCUGUGGAAUCUCAAUAUCCAGGAUCAGAGCUUCAACAUCGUGGAUAUCAAACCCGCGAACAUGGAAGAGCUAACAGAAGUCAUCACAGCGGCCGAGUUCCACCCUCACAGCUGCAAUUGGUUCAUGUAUGCGAGCUCGAAAGGCACGAUCAAAUUGGCCGAUAUGCGGGAGAGCGCCCUGUGCGACCAGCACGCCAAACAGUUCGAGCAAGAAGAAGACCCUUCAUCCCGAUCCUUCUUUUCCGAGAUCAUCUCCUCCAUUUCCGAUGUUCGAUUCUCACACGACGGCAGAUAUAUUCUAUCCCGAGACUACUUGACCGUGAAGAUUUGGGAUGUCAACAUGGAGAGGCAGCCUGUGAAGACGAUCCCUAUUCAUGAACAUCUGCGACCUCGUCUGUGCGACACAUACGAAAAUGACAGCAUUUUCGACAAGUUCGAGGUGGUCUUCAGUGGUGAUGGAAGCAAUGUCAUGACUGGCAGUUACAACAACAAUUUCAUGAUCUAUCCCUCAGAUCCCGAGCAGGAAACUGAAGUUGUGCUUCAGGCAGACAAAUCGGCCUUCAAGGCAAAGAAAGUUGGAGUGCCGACUCCCAUCAACUCGGCCAGUCCCAAUGGUGCCAAGAAAGGUGGUUCAAGAGCAGGCAGCCCUGCCGCCACUGGUGCCGGAAGCAGAAUGAGGAAGGAAACCGAUGCCGACCAGAUCGACUUUAACAAGAAGAUCUUGCACAUGAGUUGGCAUCCGUUCGAGGACAGCAUCGCCAUCGCUGCUACGAACAAUCUCUUUGUCUUCUCUGCUCUCUGA